AUGUAUUCGAAAAUAGAAGUUGGGGAAGACAAUGUCCGCAUUAUAGGAAUUUGCGGAAUGGGUGGCAUCGGUAAGACGACUCUUGCAAGGGUUGCUUAUAAUCAAAUCUCACCUCAUUUUGAAGGUAAAGGUUUUCUUGCUGAUGUUCGAGAAGUUUCAAACAAUUCUGGACUUACUUCUUUGCAGGAACAACUUCUUUCCCAAAUCUUUCCUGAUGAACACUUUAAGUUUUUCAAUGUUCACAAAGGGAAAACCAUAAUUAGACACAUGUUGUCUCACAAAAAGGUUCUUGUUGUUCUUGAUGAUGUUGAUAACUUACAACACUUGAAAUGCUUGGCUGGAAAACGUGAUUGGUUUGGUUUAGGGAGUAGAAUCAUUGUAACAACAAGAAAUGAACAUUUGUUGCGAUCUUUCCCAGUUGAUGAUGUAUACAGGCCUACAACGCUGAAUCAUGAAGAUGCGCUUCGGCUUUUCAAUUUAAAAGCUUUCCAUGGUAAUACAAUGCUCAAUGAUGAGUUCAUUGAGCUUUCUAAACAUGUUGUAAAUUAUGCUGGUGGUCUCCCCUUAGCUCUUGAAGUUUUAGGUUCUCUUUUGUGCGAUAGAGAUGCAACUCAAUGGAGAAGUGCAAUAGAAAAACUUAAACGAGUUUCUAAUGAAGAUAUUCUCAACAGACUUCAAAUUAGCUUUGAUGGAUUGGACGAAACAGAGAAGAAUAUAUUUCUUGAUUUAGCAUGUUUCUUCAAUAGCGAGGAUAAAGAUCUUAUAAUGAAAGUUUUGGAUGGUUGUGAGUUUUUCCCUAAUAUUGGAAUUGAUGUUCUCAUUAAGAAGUCUCUCAUAAAGUCAAAGACAACAAAUAUUUGUGGAUGCAUGAUUUGUUGA